AUGACUUAUAUAUAUUUAUUCAUAUAUUGUCUUCAAGCAGAACAUCGAGAUACUGCUUCGUAUUCUUGGCAGAAUAUGACAAAGGCCAAUGGCUCUGAAAACAGCCCAGCAAGCCAUCUAGAUUCAGCAAAGCUGUUGGAGACCGCAAGGUUUUUAGCUGACGCCAAAUCUAGCCUCUUAGAGGAUUUGAAUGUGGAUAACAUCAGAGAAGCGAGGGAAAACGGGUAUGGUUUACGCCAGGUGGGCUACGAGGACGGACAAAGACCGCUGAAAACAGUAUCCAAAGGCAGCAAAGUGAGAGCAGAUAGAGUUAGGUCGUACAUCCAGUUGUUUUACCAUUUGAUUGAGAAGGAAUUGGACAGUAGGCAGGACUACUCGCCAUAUAGAGGCGUAGAGGGAGUCUACAACCCGCUGCAGUUGAUACGGAACCGGAAGAUAAAGAAAAAACUUCAUCAUCAAAUUGGAAAUGAAAUAGCAUUCAUGAAGCCGCCAAUAGUGGCGAUUCGGGAUUUCUCGAAGUCUCCCGAUAGGGAUUUUCCUUGGUUCGUUGACAUUAACGAGAAGUCCGGAGAUUUGGCUUGGCGGAUCUCAAAUUGGGAUAAAUUGCGCAAACCUGAUGGAAGCCGAUGGUUUGAAAAAGAGCACAAGGCCAGGUCACAGUCUGACACGGUACCAGCACGCUCGCAUUCGAACCACUUCUACAGAAGUCACCGAGGCUCUGACCAAAUGAUGGUAGGAUCCAGUUUGGCCGUUGGUCAUUAUAGGUCGCCCAGUUGGGAGCUUCCUCUCAUCUCUGUUGAUAGUGUGGACCUCGAGCCUACAAACGAGACGCCGCGAGGCUGGGAAAGGGCACUGAACAAGACCAAGAGACUUUCACGUUCAACCUUGCAAAGUAAGUCAAGUAGUCAGCAGCACAUCAUUUAUGAACCAAAUAUACACACGAGAGGACGACAUUCGCGAAGCCACAGCAACCAAGCCUACACGACGCCUGUAGAAAUUUCAGGCCACUCUGGAAAUUUAUCUGAAGUCCCGAUAAAGAAUAUGAAAACCAUAAAUUCACCAGCUCCAUUAAACUCAAGCGAAUCGAACAAAGCAUCAUACGAGUUUUUGGAGCUUCAGGGACCUUUCAGGCCCAAUCCCGAAGCCUCUUUGUUACAGAACCAGUGCAAUGAUUUAAAAUACAAACAGUGCGCCUGGACCGUAAUGGCGCAUCGGCAAAGGACUUUGCAAAGACGACAGGAGCAGAAUGCUGAAAAAGCCCGUGCUUUCAUGGUAGAGGAUCUUGUCGAGUUUAGUCGUCCUGCUGAGAAGAUUUUGUACGAGUACCGCAAUGCGUUGACCGAGGCGUUAGAAGAAUGCGACACCUGGAAGUCCAAACUUCUGAACGACUAUGCCAUUCGGGUCGAAAGUCUGAUUUCGUCCACUGAUCGCGUCCUCAGUGACAUCAACACCACACUGACGCUGCGACUCAAGCAACUACAAGAGAAAAUUGACAAGUUCGGGACAUUGAAGCGGAUGAACAAGGAGCCCGUGCAGCUGUUCCUAUACCGCGUCUUGGAGGUUUUCAUCGUCUUACUCUUUUGGAGCAUUUGGGUUGUCUUCAUCAUACUCAAAAGUGCGAAGAUCAUGAUAUUGACGUUACAUAGGCUAGUGGGCUGGGUAGUCUGGUAG